AUGUUAUUAAUGUACACAAGUGGACUACGCUGCCUUUACACAGGAGGUAAAACACUUGAGUUAUUAGUUCUCACUAUAGUACAUAUUAGUUCUAGUAUAUUUUUAGUUAGUAAUCACGAUCUCUUGUUUAUAUCAUUGUUAUAGCUAUCAAUCUUGUUUCCAUUAUUAUUAUUAUUAUUAUUAUUUUUAUUAUUAUUAUUAUUAUUAUUAAAUUAAUAUUAUUAAAAAUUAUUAUUAUUAUUAUUAUUAUUAUUAUUAUUAUUAUUAUUACGUUUAUGAAAAUGUUGAACGAAGUUGGUCUUGAUAAAAAACAUCAGAACUUUUGUGUUAAGAAAAUAAUGUCCAUCGGUCCAGGAUUGGACCGAUCCGGACUUGAUGAACAUUUAAGAAUGAGCUUUCUCUUAGUUUUAUACCUGUAAUAUAGCUUUAUCAAUAAUUAAUAGUUCAAGUAGUCAAUUAUAAAUUACCUUAAUUAGUGAGAUUUAUAAUUGUAUAUACAUAAAAUGUCAAAAUAAAGUUUCCAUUAUUAUUAUUAUUAUUAUUAUUAUUUUUGCAGAUAACUUUGGACAUAACGAAACAGUACCUGACAAGAGUAUGGUUGAUAAAUAUAAAGAUUAUACUGUAAAGGAGUUAAAGAAAGCUUUGCAAAAUUUAAAAUCCAACAAAGGUGAUCUUAGUGAAAUUAAAUACGUUUCCCGUACA